AUGCAGCAAUACGAAUUAUAUGAUAUGCCGGCUGACGCUAUUUCGUUUGACCUCUAUAUGGGAAAUGAUACGAUUCUCGGAUCUCAUGGUGAAGCUAUUAAAUGUGUGGAAUAUAGCAAGGAAAAUAGUAUGUAUUUUUCACAUGCGGCUUAA